UGUGCUAUCAUCUCCCAAAUCCGACCAGGAAAGACCAAAAAUGUCCAGUGUAAUAAGAUGGAGGGUCACUACGUCAUUGUGGUAAUUCCUGGAAAGGACAAGCUAUUCAUGCUAUGUGAGGUGGAGGUAGGUAUAUACCACUCCUGCAGGUAAUACCCUAUGACUGUCUUCACUGUUAAUCUUUAUCAGACAGUUGAACUCUUCCUGUAUUGUAUAUUGAUCGUUACAAUCUUUUUUAGAUAGGAAAUUAACUUUUUGACUACAUCUGGCACAUUUACAGAGAUCUGCAUCGUCCCUGUCAAAUAAAUGUAAUAAAGUAAAGGAAAAAUUGUUGGUAUCGAUUCCCUGCAUGCUGUCAGUGAGUGUACCCGUGUCAAGAGUGAAACAUUGUAAUCUCUCUCACUCUUUCAGACACACCCAUCUCUGUGCCCUCCACUCAACCUCCCACCAGCAGUACUUCCAAAAUCCUCCUAUCUUCUCUCCUCUCUUCUCAAACAACCUCUCACCUGUCAACUUCUCCACCUUCCACCAGUGUUUCCACCCCCCCCCCCAACAACUCCCCCAUCUUCUCUAAUUUCUUCCACAACAUCCAUUCCUCCUCCUUCUCCUCCUUUAACCAGUGCUUCAACUCCCCCAUCCGCUCCUCUGUCCACCCCUCUUCCACCUCCUUCCAUCAGUGUUUCCAAAAUCCCCCCAACUCCCCCAUCUUCUCUCCUCUCUUCCCCAACAUCCACUCCUCUUCCUUCUUCUUCAACCAGUGCUUCAACUCCCCCAUCUUCUCCCACACCCUCUCUCCUGCCCACCACCCCUCCUCCACUUCCUUCCUACAGUGUCCUCUUGAGGGGGAGGAAGGUGACAGUGGUGACGAAGAAGCUGUGUUGGUCCGACGCUAUGUUCUACUGUAGGGAUCACUAUGGGGACCCGCUCAUUGUCCGCAGCAAGGAUGAACAGAGAGCGGUGGAGGAUCUGCUGCGGCGCAGCGACCUGCCCUCCUUCACCCCCCAUCUGUGGCUGGGACUUCGCAGGUAUUUACAGAUGUGAUGAGAACCUAUUUGCCACACCCUGAUGAAGGCUAUUGGAAAUGUUGGUAAUAAAUCAUCCACAAGCAAUGAGAGAUGAGUGUGCGACUUUUGUUUUUUCAUUGUAUGGCCCUAUAGCAGACAGGUGGUACUGGAUGACCGGGGGCCACAUGGACUACAGACACUGGGAGGGAGUCGCACCCCCUGGCUACUAAGGACUUCUCCAACCCCUGUGGAGCGAUGAUCAACGGGGAGGCUUCCUCUGGGUGGAGCGGCGUUGCGAUGACCAUCACAACUUCCUCUGCUACUCAGGUGAAGAUGACAGAAAUGCACUUCCUUACCUCCUCAUGGUCACUCAGUGAACCUCAUCGAACCUCUUUUCAUCCUGUGUUUCAAAUGACUUACUAUACCUCCAAUACUUGAACUAUGUGUUAUGAUGCCAUGUCUGAAUGCUUAGUACCGAGGUACCAUGAUUCAAAAAACCCUGUCUCGUUUUCCUCCUGAGUAACAUCUCUCCUUUUCGCUCCCUCUCUCAGAUGCAGUACGUAA